CGCUUACCUCGAGAAACUACACCAUAUACCGCGCAGCAGAAGCUCUGCGCGUGUGUGUGGUUCUUCUGUAGUUCGAGCACAUCACGGUGUCCUGGAACGAUCCUGUAACUACCUCGCAAACGUAGGAGGUGAUAAGGUCCGACUUACAAUUGCCGGUGCAGGAUGCUCGAAAUACCGUAAAACAAGAAGAGCAUGAUUUUUUAACCGCCAAUCAGACUUCCACGAUAACCCGAUUGCAAUUUCCGGCGAGAAACGGAUAAGAGAGACCCUCGACUGCGGUGCCACUCGACCACACCGACCAGACUCACAUCGAUCGAGGACGUUCAUGACCCACCAAGGAACCAAGUGCCGAGUAGAAAUGGAAUAUACCGUCUAGUGUAAACGGGGCUUUAGCGUCUCGCUGGUACGCGACUCUCGACGGAUGGGUAGAGUCGACUCGAGUCGAGACUGUUCGUGGGCGAGAAGGUGCGCGGGGUUCGCGGGGGUUGCGCGGGGGCAAGGCUCUGGCAGUAGCUCCCAGGCUGUGAGGCGGCGCGCACCGUGGCAUCUCAUGACAGACCGGCUGCUUUUUCCUAAAUAGACAUACUUACCAAGCUUGAUGGAAGUGGUGGCGGUGGAAGUGUUCCGGUCCCGAUGAUCCGUGCAGUGUGACCUGGUGUCGUCGGUUUUCGCAGCGAGGAGGAAGAACGGGAGGAGGAGGACUGUCAGAGGGCAGUUUUGCUUUUUCCCGCCUCGGUGCAGUUUCGAAUAAUAGUAUAUGUAUAAUAAAUACCCGCAGUAGACGUAGGUGUAAUACCUGUAAGUGAGGUGCGGUGAGCUGGACGGAGAUUAAGAGGAAGAGGCGAGGACCCGUAAGCGGGACGUGCGGAUGUGCUGGAUGAGUUGGUUUGCGGUUGAACGGACUCAGCGUGAUACUUACAGCAUUCCAUUUGGCGAAGAAUAAUGUUGUUCAAGUACUAUUCCUCCGUGUUUCUUUACAGAGGUCGUUAAUCCCCGCGCGCGCAACUCGCUCGCGCUUCCAAAGGUGAGAGAGAUAUCAUGCCGCGGCCGCAGGUUCGCGGCUCGCAAAAUCGCGGGCCCGUUCGAAGCUGGUGGUGCGGGAACAGCGGGAAUAACAGCAGCGGUAGCCGGAGCUCAUCUGCAACGGGUGAUUUUCUAGCCCGGCGUGGACGGAGAGUUGGGAGUUCAGAGGUGAGCCGAUCGGUACCGAUUUGAGAGGAACAACGUGGUCAUGGAACGGACUACGGACCUCGGCCUCGACUGCUGAUACGACGGUGGCGAAGACUACUGGGACGAGGACGACGACGAGGACGAGGGUACCGCGUCAUCGGCACCGGGAGGCGAGAACCAGAGCUUAGCAAAGAGGGGCGGGAAGAGGUGGAGGCCGAAGAGCAAGGGGAGGAGGAGGAGGAGGAGGAUCGGGGCAUCGCGGUCGAUGGCGCAAUGAGCGGGGCCCCUGCGAGGGGCCCGGAGGCCCAGCGUCCGCGACGCCCGCACCACAAACGUCACCGUAGCGUCCCGGACCCAUCGGAGCCACCGGACCCCGAAGAGCCGGAGGAAAAACGGCCCAAGGUGAACCCGAUAUUCCUCUGGGCUUCGCAGCGGGAACAGAGGAUAGUCGAGGUCCGGUGCGAGGACUACGACAAACGGAACAGGAUAAAGCUGACCAAAACGGCCCAAGGCUGGCGCUCGAUACCCCGGACCACCGUAACUCCAACGAUCAUGCCGUCGACCAGUGGGACUGCCGCCAACUCGCGGAGGCACCGCCACCAUCACCGGGGACACCGACACCAUCAUCAUCAUCAUCAUCACCAUCGUCGCAAGUCGCGGGAACGAACGUCGACCGAGGACGAGGAAGUCCUGCGACGAAGACACCUUCUCCUUCAGCCACGAGUCGUUCUCCAGCAGUUACGACUCCCCCAGGUUACCGCUGCAUCGGCUGACCAGGAAGACCCAAGAAGGGAACACAUGCUUGGGCUGCUCGACGCCACCGCCGCAUCUCCGGCCAUCGCAGCUAUGGCUGCCGACACUCCAACCGCCGAUUUACCCGACUCUCCGAACCAUUCCCACGACGAGCAAGUUCAAGCGGUGGCUAGUGCACCGUUACCCUCAACGUCACCCUCUGCGGGGACUAACGACACUCAGCAUCGACGGCGACCCCCACGAUCGCAGAGCGAAGAUACGAGGGCGGAACAACGCGAGGAUGCCAGCUGGUCGAGGACCAACCUUGGCUCACCGGCGAGGAUACUGAACGCUCUGAGGAACACGCCUGGACUGUCGGUCUCGAUUGCAGGCAACCCAGCGAAUACCGCUAACAAUGCCGAAAAUUCGCCUCCACCUGGCUCCCCGGGGCACCGAAAACCCGGACGGCCACCACCCGGAUUGUUGGUAGCGAUGCCGGCUGAUACCGGUGAGAGUAAAGCACCCCAUAACGUUCCAGCGCUGAUGUCCGGUCUGUCCAUCAGCAUUCCGAGCUACCGGUACCGGCCACGAAGCAGAGGGAUACCAUCCUGCGUGAGGAAAGUCGAUCUCGAUUCGCCCUGCGCCGGAUAUAACCCGAAGGUCGAGACGGAGGACCUCGACGAUUCAAGGUCCCAGGGUACCGUGGUCCAAGCCUCUCCGCAGCCCAGUGGAAUACCUUGUUCACCGGCCGCAGGUGGAAGGCCAGCCUCGGCAUACUUGGAACGGCUGCUGCCCAGUCCACCGUGUUCCGUAUCGUGUUCGGAGGACGCGCGGAAUGACCUAACCCUGAAGGGUAUACUCGCGUCGCCGAGUCAGCACCAUCGGCAGACAUCGACGUCCCAUCUGCAGCUCCAGAUGGAGACGAACAACAACAACAACAAUAACCACGACUACGGUCCCGUUUCCCUGGAAUUCGAUUCACCAAGUGACCCGGCAUCCGAGCUACGUGAACUCCUCAGGGUAUCCGGUCACCUCAUACCUGACCCGCUCCUCGUCCCCAGGGACGUUCUUCCCGCGCUGGCCGCCGCUCCAGCCAAUGAAAUUCCUCGACUACUUGCCUCCCGACCGGAACUCAGGCUUCCGCAGGCCUUAUCCAGGCCGGAACUACUCAGGGAUCCGGAUCUCUUGGUCAUUUCUCUGGCGCAUCUGCAGCACGUACUCGACUACAGCGACGGACCGGUACCGGCUGAUCGACAAGACGACGAAACAAGGCCGAAACUGACCUGCAAGCCGAUCGGCACCCUGAUGCCAGCCCCCAUCGAUCUUUCGGCAAAUCGUCCCAGACAUACGACCAACGGUGGGUCGUAUCCGCUGCUCAGGGUCCGUACCACCGGGCUACUGAAACAGGAAUCGGAAGUCACCUCCACCGCCGCAUCGCCUGAGGACUCGCAAUUUUGGCAUCCUUUGUUCAGCAGUCAAAAAAGGCACCUGCAUCACCUUAACCAGCAUCACUAUCACUACGAGCAACAGCAGCAGCGUCAGGUCUAUAUUCAACAAGCCGAAAAUCAGCGACAACAGCACCAUCAGCUGCCGCAGCAGCAGCAACAGCAACAACAGCAGCAACAGCAACAGCCGCAGCAUACACAGCAGCAGAAUCAUGGAUCGUGGCACAGAGCCACGAUAGCGUCAUGACCGAGAUCCAGUUCGGAUAUCUUUAACCACCAGGGAAGAACUACCGGGCACGGAAAUCAGCAUCACCCCUAAAGCUCCGAGCUGGAUGGAUUGCUUCUCGCCGAGUAUGGAAUUGCGCGCACUUAUUUUACUGCACGAGUGUUAAAAAUAUAUCGUCUGCGAUAACCGUGUCAUGGUCAAAAAGGUAUAGCUAUAUGUGUGCAUAAUUUAUGUGAUCCGUAACACGUGCACAGGCGUUGUUAAAUGUUUGACGAACGUUGCGGUCACCUACAUACGUAACAUACGCGUAUAUGCGUUUACUAAUUGUACACGUGUUAAACGCGCGUUCAUAAAUUGCAACCACGGCGGUGCCAUUGUGCGCUUGAACCUAGGUAUGCCUAUGUAUGAUUAGUUUUAUAAAUACGUAAUACCUGCGCUGAUGUAUGCCGCGUGCAACGCGGCCUCUAUAGCUGUUACAUUUAAAGCGAAACCAGUGAAAAUUAUUAUUUAUUAUAUACGGAAAUGUUGUAAAUAACGGCUACGCAAGCCGCUGCUAAUACUACCAUUAUUACUAUACUAUUACUAUAAUCAUUACUAUUAUGUACGACAAUUGCUAACCUUCGACGAGAUCAAGUGCGAUCGCUAAAUGCAUCAUAUAUGUAUACCUAUGUAUAUUUACCUAUACCAUGCAUACAAUACUACUAGUAUAAUAAUAUUGUAAGGAAAAUGUAUGAUAUUUAUAGGUGCUAUACCAUUGUUAUUAAAUUAGAUAUAUUAUACGAUCUCUGUAGAUAGAUAAUAGGUAACUAGAUAGACGGAAAUGAGAUGAUGAAUUUGAAACAAAGAGGAAAAAAAUGUUAGAUUUAAAACUUAACGUGCAAUCGGCAGCGUUUUACACGUAAUAUAUAUAUAUACAUAUAUGUACCGUGAAUCGCUUAAAUCAAAAGCAAAUCGCACCCUCAUUUUCGGCAUAAAAAUUUGCCGAGAUGUCAAAUGUAUAGGACAGGCCAAGCCCUUCUCGAUUGUUCGGUGAUAUUCGUUAACUCAUUAAUUCAUUUAAAUCGAUCAUUCGAUUUUUCUCAACAAAGUACCGAUCGACGCAUCCCUGAUAUUACGAUGCUCAGAUCGUGGGGUUGAAGUGUGAUUGCAUGUUGUGAAAGAAUAAAAUAUAAUUGAAAUGGAGGAGAAGAGGAGAAGCCGUAAACCUGCGACGUCUAUACGUGAUACGAGUAUAUGAUCUGUAUCAUAUAUAUAUAUAGAUAUACAUAUUUACAUACCUACAUCGUAUAUACACGACCGUUCGUAUAUACCUGUAUUAUUUAUUUAUUGAUUAGUUUUACGUAGAAAUUCGCGAUCUAUAUUUGUUGUACCAAACUGACGAUCCGUCAAUUUCUGAAAAGUCGAAUCAAGCAUUGAUUGACUCUUAUAUGUAGAUUUCAUUGUACCUAUAAAUUUACAUAGUUCUCUUUUAAGAAUUGAUAUGAACGUUGAUAGAAGAAAAAAAAAGUUAUGAUUUUGUUGGUUCAUUAUUACUUAUAUAUAUAUUAUAUAUACGAAUAUCAGAGUGAUAAGAUGUCUGUAAAUAUAUGAGACCAUUACAACGGUAAUGAUUCAGA